UGGGCCAAAUAUAGUCUCAGGCCUUGAAUAUGUAGAUCGGUUCCGGUUUUGCAAUCAAACUGACCCGAAAGUGAAAAUCUGAAAUCAAACUCGGCCCAAACUUCUACUAUCGCCAUUGAAGUGAACCCUACCUCCCGCCGGGCAGGGGGAGUUCUACACGAGGCGCUGCAACACCAUUUCCUCCUCUCCCGUUAUCAUUCUGACCACCACUGUUCUGUCGCCACCGGGCCUGUUAAUUGUACGGAAUCGUGGCUCCACCCCUCUUUUGAAUUCUGUCAUUUGAUAAUUUUUACGGUUUUGCAGCUGUGAUUCAUCCAUUAACAGAUCACAUAGCAUAUUUUGCCCUCUUUUGUGAUCCGAUUGCACCUGAUAUUUGGGCCUACCGAACGAACCGAUUUGAUCAAAUUCCUAGACUUUAGUUUUCCAAUUCCAUCAUGGAAUCCGAAGGGCAAAGAUCACCAAAUCCCUCGGCAAUUCUGGCUUCCUUGUUGUGCAAAAGAGCAAAGCUCCACGAAGAACUUCGAAACAUCGAAAAGCAGGUCUAUGAUAUGGAGACGAGUUAUUUACAGGAUCCAAGCCAAUGUGGCAAUGUCUUGAAAGGUUUUGAAGGGUUUUUGUCAUCCUCCAAGAGCACUACACUCUUGAAGCGAUCCAGGAAGUUCCAGCCUGAAGAUAGGCUCUUUUCAUUAUCUUCAGUGACCUCACCAGCUACUGAAGAAGUUGCACGAGAUGGAGGCGUAUCUGCAAAUGGACCAGGAAAACCAAGAAAGGGUAGAGGUCCAAGAGAUGCAAAGAGAAGGCAGUCAAGUGAAGCCGACUUUGACUAUGAAGAUGAUCCCGAUAUGAUGUAGUUAUUAUUUCCUAUAGAUAAUUAGAAUGUCGACUGUUCGCAGGAUGUUGGAUGACAUUGCUAUCCAUUUUUCCAUUUAAUUCAAGUUAUUGGAUGGCCAUCCAACUACUGCCAAAGUAGUGCUUUUGGCUGUUGUAAAGAUAAUUUACCAUAAGCUCGAAUUUUCCGUAUAUAAUAUCUUAGAUUCCGCAUCAUAUUUA